UGAGCCGUUGAGCAGAUGAGAACAGUGGACAGAAUCAGAGAGAAUGAGAGACAGAGAGAGACCAUAGUUUUAUUUAUUCAAUCUUACUAUGUAUUCAUGUGUCAUGAAUCAUGACCAAAGUUUUGAUCGCCUAGCUUCUAAAAAACGAAACAAUUUUGGGUUCCAAAUUUUCCAUACAAUUCAUCCAUGACCAGUUCGCCGAUCCCGGUGGAUCUCUUUGUGUCGAAAAAACAUCCAGGCCUUACAGGUGCCGAUCUCGGGUUCGCCGAUGCCUCUGGUAAUGUUACUUUCAGACUCAACCGUCAAUCCUCACCUAAAAAUAAGAGGCUAUUCCUCCAUUCCACGGGAAAUCCCCUAAUCUCCAUCUACCGUUACCGCAAUGGGUCGUGGCAAGGCUUCACGGGUGAAGACGAUCAAAAGCAGUGUAUAUUCAGAGUGCAGAGGACGGUGAACAAGCUCACCAGAACAGAGUUAGAGGUAUUUCUUGUUGGUGAGAAUGGGGAAGACUCAGCCUCUAAGCUAAAAGUGAAAGGUUGUCCUUUCCACAAGUCCUGCACUAUCUACAGAGGCAAUGACAUUGUGGCUCAGACUAGCCUCAUGUACAAGUUGCGGCAACUUUAUGCUAAAAGGAAUAAAUUUCGACUAACCAUAUUUCCUGGAUCUGAUGAUCAUGCUUUGGUUGCGGCAUUGGUUGUAAUAUUUCUAGAUUGAAGAUUAUAGAAUAAAGAAAAAAAGAAUUUUCUUUUGCUUAGCUUAAUACAAAUUUCAGAACUGAGAAACGCCAAGUAGUGGGAGACAUGCUCUGGAAAAAUUUAUCAUAUUCUAAAAGGAUCACUUCUUUUAUAACACAAGGGCAGAUUUGUCAGGCCUUAUUUACAUUCAAUCAAUUUCAAAGAGCUGGGUUUAAAAUCACGGAGUUUCUUCUGUCAGCAAUUGUAAGGGGCUGUGGGAGACUUGGUACGAUAGAAGAGGGCAAGCAAGUUCAUUGCAUAGUAUUCAAACAUGGGUUUGAUAGAGAUAUGAUUUUGAUGACUUCCCUUCUCGACAUGUACUGUAAAUGCGUUGAUAUCAAAGAGGCAUGCCGUGUUUAUGAUGAAAUGCCCCAAAGAGAUGUUGUUGUAAACAAUAGCAUGAUUUUUGGGUUAUGCCGGUGUCACUUGACAUUGGAUGCAAUGACUUUGUUUGAUAAUAUGUCUGAACGUGACGUGGGAUCUUGGAAUUCACUGAUUUCAGGGCUUGCUCAAAACUCAGAAGGAAGGAACGCGUUGUUUUUGUUCAAGAAAAUGAGAGUGGAGGGAGCUGAAGUUGAUGUUAUGACCAUGUCCGGUGUUCUUUCAGUUUGCGCUGAUCUAGCUGCUUUGGUUAACGGUAAACAAGUUUUUGGGCUAGUGAUUAAAUAUGGGUUUGAGCUAUAUUUACCUGUUGGAAAUGCCAUCAUUGACAUGUAUGCUAAAUGUGGAUGCAUGGAAGAUUCCUGCCAAUUUUUCAUGAACAUGCCAAUCAAGAAUGUAGUUUCAUGGACGUCUUUGAUCGUGGGUUAUGGAAAACAUGGCUUGGGAAUGGAAGCUCUUGAGGCAUUUGACAAUAUGGAAAGGGAAGGCAUUGUGCCAAACAAGAUCACAUUCUUGGGAACCUUAUAUGCAUGUAGUCAUGCAGGAUUAGUUCACAAAGGGUGGAUGAAUUUCAAUACCAUGGUACAUAAAUAUUCCAUCACACCCAUGAUGGAGCAUUACACAUGCAUGGUGGAUUUACUUGCACGAGCUGGGCAUCUUACGGAGGCUUAUAAUUUUGUGGAGAGGAUGCCAAUGAAGCCGGAGGCAAGGCUUCUAACAGCACUUUUUAGUUCAUGUUGUUCUCACAUGAAUGUAGAGCUAGCAAAGACUAUUGGACAGAGAUUAAUUGAAUUGGAACCUGAAGAAGCAGGAGCCUAUAUGUUGUUGUCCAACUUCUAUGGAAUUAUUGGGGACUUGGAAGGUGUAGCAAAUGUGAGAAAA